CCCUCCUCCCCCGCGGAGGAAUACGCGUGAAACGGCGAUCGCAGGAGAAGCGGCUUUGAAUCCGCCAGCUCGGCCGAGGACCUGGCCUUGUUUUCGACUUGCCGAGGCGCGAUGUCCGCCCAGACGGUGCAGGGGAUGAAGACCGAGCCUGUGGUGCAGCAGACGUCGUCCCAGGGGCGAGAGACCCAGGGGGCGCAGAUCAUAACGGCAAAUGGCCAGACAUAUUCGGUUAUGCCCCAGGCGCAGAUGCAAACUGUUACCAUAGAUGGGCAGGAAGCAAUCUAUAUCCCCGCCUCUGUCCAGCACGCAGCAGGAACUCAGCAGAUACAGCUUGCCGCAGGAAACCAGGCUCUGUUUGCACCUGGCCAGCUUAUACGAGCACAGAAUCUCAUUCAGAAUGUUCAGACUGUCGGACAGGUUGGAACGCCGAUAACUGUGGGAGGUGUGAGACCUGCAACUGCAACGGCUGGAGCAGCCCAAGCAGCGCCUACUGCCGCCGCCCAGGUGGGACAGAUGGCAACACAGGUGAUGCAGUCAGGGGUCGCUGGCGUACCCCAGGCCACCAUCCCUGUGCAGAUACCAAUCUCGACAGCAGGAGGACAGACUAUCCUGCAGACUAUACCCUUCCCUUUACAGAUCCCCGUCCUGCCCAACGUUGUCCAGGCUAAUGGCCAAACCAUACAGGUCAUCCCUCAGAUAGCACAGCAACAAGUACCAGCACAGCCCCAAAUAGCACAGAUCCUGCUUCCAAAUGGCCAAGUUCAGCAGGUCCAGAUGCUAUGGGGUGGGACAACAGGUAUGAUGUCCCUAGCUUCCAACAGCUUAGGGACGGCAGCCAACAUGACGCAGAUUGCCACUUCUCAGCCUGUGACCACCUCCACGUGGGCGACAAACACCGUCUCUUCACCAUCUGUGUCCAUACCUGCGGUUCAUUCUAGUACACCAACCAAUUCUGCUACCGAUGACAAGUCACAGGUUCAAGCCACACAACAGGCAACAUCAGCAGGUACAACCAUAACAGCGAGCAACCCUUCACAGGUGGUGCAGGGUCAAGGGGCAAGCAUUACCGUUUCAAACACCUCACAACUCUUGCCUCAAGGGAUAACUGUUUCUCCUCAGCUCUCUGGCUCAGUUGGAGGUGGAGGAGUGACAGUGGUACCAGUAAGUCAGACCUCUCAGUUACGAGCUGCGACCCCAGCAGCUGUAGCCGCUCAGCAAAGUGCAAUCCAGAUUCCUCAGAUACAGGUGGUGCAGCCUAUAAUCCAACAUAUUCCUGGUCUUGGCCAGGUUCAGGUCCUGUCACCUUCGUCCUUACAGUCGCUCACAUCAUCCAUUGGGGCAUCCCAGCCUAUCUCAGUGUCCACAUUGGGCGCAGUUCCAACAACCACGCAGCCUUCAACGAACACGCUACCCACACAGAUCCUCCCUGGUGGAGCACAGAUCAUAAGUGCCAGUGGCCUACAGGGUGAGAGUGAUGGGGGAGCCAAGUGGGUUGUCUCAACAGGAGGUCAGGUGAGCCAAGCUCAGGUAGUCCCACAGCCUGAAGACUCGCCCACGAACGACCCGGGCAAGACGAGAUUACGGCGUGUGGCCUGCACCUGCCCGAACUGCAAGGAGGGGGAUAGAGGUGGGGAGAACAAGAAGAAAGUACACAUCUGCCACAUCCCCGGCUGCAACAAGAUGUAUGGCAAGACAUCACACCUAAGGGCACAUCUGAGGUGGCACUCGGGUGAACGACCUUUUAUUUGUUCCUGGCUCUUCUGCAACAAGAGAUUCACACGGUCAGAUGAGCUGCAGCGGCAUAAACGAACACACACAGGGGAGAAACGGUUUCACUGCCCCGAGUGUCAGAAACGUUUCAUGCGUUCCGACCACCUCUCAAAGCAUGUUAAAACACAUACAAAACAGAAGGGGAUGGUGAGUAAUUGGAAUGCUUUCUCAAAUAACAUUCCCAACAACACGCAAUCAUCAGACAGCAGUAACUCCUCUGAUGCCUGCGAGAAGAUGCUCAUUACCAUCCCAGAUCAGUCGGGCGAUCCGUUGCACAUUUCAACAGAAGGAGAAGUCCCUGCCAGUGUCCAGCAGCAGCAGGCACCUCAGUGAUUUUUCCUAAUGUCUAUGCACCUGUUCAGGAAACAGCUGUGGAUCUGUUUAUGCCUGAAUGUAAGGACUGUAUCGAGUCGUUUUACCUUCUCGUUGACUAGCUGUUGGUUGUAUGAAAUUAUUUUUUUUUAUAUACAUAUAUAUAUUGUACAGUGAGGAGAAUCUGUAGAGUAGUCAUUUAAUCUCUUUGUAUAUAUAGUAUAUGGACAAUAUGAUGUGCUACUUGAACAAGUGAAGUGCUGUGUCAUUGUGAUGGAAAAAUAUAUCAUUGCUUAUUUUUA